CGUCACCUUCGGACCUCUCUCUGUCUCUCGAAGCUCUUUCUAAUCUCUUCCUCUGAUUUUCUUCUUUCAAAUCCGAAUAAGUCAGAGAGUUUCCUGUCUGAUUUCUCAGAUUUUGACGUCAUUGCAGGUUCAGGGACUAGGUUGAGAAUCGAAACCUUGUUAAUCGAAAAUGGCAUCAAAUGCUACAGCUGCAAAACCAUGCCCUUCCUCCAUGAAAGCUACGUCUAAUGGAGUCUUUCAGGGAGACAACCCUCUUGAUUUUGCACUCCCUCUUCUCAUCUUGCAGAUAUGUCUUGUCCUCUUACUUACUCGCGUUCUCGCUAUUCUUCUAAGGCCUUUAAAGCAGCCUCGCGUGAUUGCCGAGAUUGUGGGAGGAAUACUACUAGGGCCUUCAGCUUUGGGUAGAAGUACCAAGUAUCUGCAGGCAGUUUUCCCACCGAAAAGCCUCACAGUGUUGGAUACCAUAGCCAAUCUUGGUCUCCUCUUCUUUCUAUUCCUUGUAGGCCUGGAACUAGAUCCAGCAUCCCUUCGUCGAACUGGGAAGAAAGCUCUAAGCAUAGCUAUCGUUGGAAUUAGCCUUCCUUUUAUUUUCGGGAUAGGGACAUCUUUUGUUCUUCGUGCAACUAUCUCUAAAGGAGUAGAUAAUGGUCCUUUCCUUGUAUUCAUGGGAGUUGCCCUUUCCAUCACUGCUUUCCCUGUCUUGGCUCGUAUCUUGGCCGAGCUUAAGCUUUUAACCACAGACGUCGGCCAAAUGGCCAUGUCUGCAGCCGCUGUCAAUGAUGUGGCUGCUUGGAUUCUACUUGCUCUUGCAAUUGCCCUGUCUGGAAGUGGCCAUCCUCUUGUGUCCUUAUGGGUUUUCUUGACGGGGUCUACCUUUGUUUUUUGUUGUAUACUUGCUGUGCCUCGCAUUUUUAAAUGGAUGGCACAACGUUGUACAGAGGGUGAGCCUGUGAACGAGCUGUAUAUAUGUGCAACUUUGGCUGCUGUUUUGGCAGCUGGAUUUAUCACCGACACUAUUGGAAUUCAUGCUCUUUUUGGUGCUUUUGUGAUUGGUGUUCUUGUUCCAAAAGAAGGACCCUUUGCUAAUGCUCUUGUUGAAAAAGUAGAGGAUCUUGUUUCUGGUCUUUUCUUACCUUUGUAUUUUGUUUCAAGUGGAUUGAAGACUAAUGUAGCUACCAUUCAAGGGCUACAGUCUUGGGGUCUCUUAGUUUUGGUCAUACUUACUGCUUGUUGCGGAAAGAUUGCUGGCACAGUGGGUAUUUCUGUCUGGUGUAAAGUACCUUUUAAGGAGGCUUUAGCUCUGGGAUUCUUAAUGAAUACCAAAGGCUUGGUGGAGCUCAUUGUCCUCAACAUUGGCAAAGACAGAAAGGUGUUAAACGAUCAAACAUUUGCCAUCAUGGUUCUUAUGGCUAUUUUCACAACCUUCAUCACAACACCUUUGGUUAUGGCUGUGUAUAAGCCAGCUAAAGCAGCGAGUAAAGAAGAUUACAGACACAGAACAAUUAAAAGAAAAGAUUCACACACUCAGCUACGGCUUCUGGCUUGUUUCCACAGCCCAAGGAAUGUGCCAACAUUGAUUAACCUCAUAGAGGCUUCGCGCGGGCUGGACAGAAAAGGAGGAUUAUGUGUGUAUGCAAUGCACCUGAUGGAGCUAUCAGAAAGAUCAUCUGCAAUACUAAUGGUCCAUAAGGCAAGGAAAAACGGUCUGCCCUUUUGGAAUAAGAACAAGCUUCAAUCAAACUCCGAUACAAUCGUGGUGGCUUUCGAAGCUUUCAGGCAACUAAGCGGAGUAUCUAUCCGUCCAAUGACAGCAAUCUCUUCAAUGACAAACAUCGAUGAAGACAUCUGCGCUAGUGCUGAAAAGAAAAGAGCGGCCAUGAUAAUCCUCCCCUUCCACAAACACCAGAAGUUCGAUGGGACUUUGGAGACAACUAGAACCGAGUUUCGUUGGGUUAACAAGAGGGUUCUUGAGCGUGCACCCUGCUCGGUUGGGAUCUUAGUUGAUCGCGGACUCGGUGGAGGAAUUCACAUAUCUGCAAGUAAUCUUUCUUCUGAAAUCACUGUCCUAUUCUUCGGCGGACACGACGAUCAUGAAGCUCUUUCUUACGCAAUGCGCAUGGCAGAGCACCCUGGCAUAAGUUUAACAGUGGUUCACAUCUUGCCAACUCCUGAAUUCGUCAAGGAAAAUGUAAAUGUUGACAUACAAGAAGACUCCAACGCUGCUGCUUCAUCAGGAUCUGAUGAACAAUUCCUUGCUGAACUGAAGGAGAUGAAGAAUGAACACGAGAUUAAAUAUGAAGAAAAAUAUGUCAAUAAUGGUGCAGAAACUGUUGAAGCCAUUAAACUAUGGAGUAGAUGUAAUCUCUUCUUGGUUGGUCGAAUGCCUUCAGGCCAGGUUGCUGCAGGAUUGACUGCCACAGGCGAUUGUCCAGAGCUAGGACCCGUAGGAAACUUGUUAACUUCGAAUGAUUUCUCAUCGUCUUCUGCAUCUGUCUUGGUGGUGCAACAGUAUAGUUCUGAUCAAUCUGUUCGAUCAUCUCCUUAUCUUUCUGGUCAUUCUGAAAGCAGCAGCAGCUAAUCUACAACUGCCAUGAUGGAGAUUACUAAUACUUCAAAAGCUUCAGAUCGCUCAGUUGGGUACAUACAAACAAGAACACCUUUACUUAAAACAGAUAUCAUACAAACUAGUAUGAUUUUCUUUUUAGCCAGUUACAGUAGCAGAGCUGUUAGAAUGAACCGGUACAUGUAAUGAAUUUUAGUAUGGUGUUGAAGUUGUUGAAAUUGAAGCCAUAUGUUACUUUAAUGAAAAUUCGCCGCAGUGUUGAAUUAGC